AGUAGAUUUGUUUCUCCGCAAGCAAAAGUAAACAAACAGCCUCCUGUGGGUUGCUCUCAGUGGCCUUUUCUUCGUUUGGUGCACUUUGUGCUCCAAAAAGUAUAAGUUUUGUCUUUUCUUUGCUGCUAAACCGUGACCAACAACCGUUUCUGACUCGUUCCUCACCAGCAAAGUCAUAAUUAUGGAGUCGAUGCAAAACAACAACCGAACAAAGUCCUGGACGGAUGACCUGAAAGUGUGCAACCAAACGGGAGUCGGUGAAGCGAUAAACCAAAUUUACAAAGACGAUGGGCGCCGCUGUGAAGGAUACGAAUCGCGUGAUAAGAAAUGCCUUUGCAUAUCAGACAGUAACACCUCGCUGUACGCCAUCCUAUCGGGGCACAAUGGUGUGACGGUAGCGGAAAAUGCGCUGCAAGAAAUGGCGGCAGAGUUGCUGCUCGGCCAGCUAAACGUUUGCAACACGGACGAGGCAGUCAAAGAGCUCAUACGCCAAUCGUUCAUGUCGGUGGAGAAGGGUUACUUCGAUUCGAUCAAUCCGCACGUGGCCACGAAGACCGCCAUUCAGCUGCACCUCUCGGCGGACGGCAUGAAUCAGUACGAAAUAUCGCAGCAAUUUGAAAAUGUGCUGCAAAAGCUUGACUCCCUUAACAACGCCCUCUCGGUGGGCAGCAGCGCGGUGCUGGCGCUAAUCCAUCGGUCCCAUCUGUACCUGGGCAACAUAGGCAACUGUCGGGCGCUGCUGUGCAAAACCGACGAACACGAUACGCUCACGGUAACGCAGCUCAGCGUUGACCACAAUCUGCUGAACGCGGAGGAAGCCGCCCGUCUCUUCCGGCUCGGACUGAUGGCACAAAACUUCGAGGGUGUUCCGCUGUACAGUACGCGCUGCAUUGGCAACUAUCUCGGUAAGGCGGGCUACAAAGAUUGCAACUUCCUGUCGAGUGCAACCGCAGAGCCAGUGAUUUUCGAACCGGAGAUUGUCGGUGGGAUACAGAUUACACCGGCCUGCCGGUUUCUCGUGCUAAUGUCGAGCGGGCUUUGUCGAGCAUUGCAUGAGAUUUUCCCGGGCGAUGCGUCCACCGGCAAUCGGGAGCUGGUGCGCAUGAUUUCGGAGGAGUUUCAAAACCAAUCGACGCUUGGCGGGGUUGCCCAAUCGGUUGUGCAUCGUAUAGUGCAGGCACAUCACGAUACGUACAUGCAGCUGGUCGAAGAGCAUCGCUCCGUUACGUUCAACAGCCGGGACGAUGUGACGCUACUGAUACGCAACUUUAACUACGCACUGCCGAAAGCGUUCGUGAACCGAAAGAACGGCGGUAAUCGAAGCCUUAACUCCACCACAUCGUUCAGCUCCACCAGCUCGGAUGCGACGCCGACGGAGGGAAACUAUUCGACCAUCCAUACCAACGUAUCGGUGACCAGUUCAAAUAUCACGCAACCGGGCAAUCAUUAUGAUCCCAACCGAAGAAUUCGAUCGCACGUGGAUUUUAGCGAUUUUUACCAACGCGUGGAGGAGGCUCGCAAACGCGGUGCCUUACCAUCGAACAUUGAGUUCGACUAGCGUGGCUGGCAGUGUGGCUGUAUGUUGAUUAUUUUAUUUGUAUGUACCAUAGUUGCAGUUAAUUCGAUUGCACGAUUAACGCUAAUGUUAUUGAUUGAAUGUUUAUGCGCAUGCAACAUAAUAAACCGGGAUAAAGAUG